AUGCGGCUUUUGCACCACUUCACCUAUUGUACAAGUGCGACUUUGUCAGAUUGCCCAGAAGCCCAAAGGACAUGGGCCACAACGGUCGUCCAGAUUGCAUUUGCACAACCGUUUCUCCUAAAAGGAAUCCUGGCCCUUGCCGCUCUUCACAUGGCAAGUUUGAAUACAGGUGACAAAGAAAGCCUGUCCAUUCUUGCUGCCAGUAAACAAGAUGCUGCACUCAAAGAGUUUCGGUCUCAGCUAGAAACCAUCACUCUUCAAAACUGCGAUGCCAUUUUUGCAUUCUCGUUCCUUGCCGAAUACUACAUUCCUGCCUCUGCAGGAACCGUCAUUAAUCCCGCUGCCACAUUCAUGGAGGAUGACUUUUUCGAUGCCAUUGUGGAUUGGCUUCGUUUGCACCAGGGAACAUCUGGCAUAUACAAGCGCAAGGGCCAUUGGAUUCAGAACGGUCCUGUUGCUCCUCUUCUCUGGAGUGAUGUCUUGAGCGAGAGGUGUUUAUCACCAACAUGGAAAGUCGAUACCGAAAAAGGCAAAAUCCAUCCACUGCAUGGCCUUGCAAGAAUAUGGGAUUCGACUCUUGCGCCUACACCGAGCGAAGUCCAGGAGAAUGAGAUAAAUUCUCGGGCGCUAGAAAUUCUGGUUGAGGCAUUCAAUCUUGUCUCUGAAGAUUCCAAGGCAAAUACUGGUCGGAUAGCUGUCGAGGAUCCGCAGCUGUCAACACAAUACACUUCUCAAAGGACGGAAACUUCCAGAUAUCUCAAUCUGUCAUUUGGGUGGCUGUUUGGAAUUCCUUUUGGCUUUGUGGAACUACUUGAGCAGCGCCAACCAGCAGCGCUUAUCAUUUUUGCUCAUUUCGCCAUACUAUUUCAAAAUGCCCCCAAGUUCUGGUGGAAUGAGCCAAUUCCAGCGAAGAUUGUAAGGGCAGUUGCUGCGGUGUUACCUCGUGAUUAUCACAGGUGGAUUGAAUGGCCAAUACGUGAAGUGUUGGUUGAUAGCUGUGAUCCAACGUGA